UAAUUAGUUUAGGAAUCUCUGCAGACAACCAUAGCUGCUGGGCCCAACAUAACGCCUGGAAGAACUUACACCCCUAACCCUAGCACAGCGCUCCCUAUGCAACUGCGGCUGCGCAGACUGCAGUGGGCGAGGCCUACACACUUCCGGAAGCGGAUGGGGAACCAACGAGACUAGCGCGGGACUCGCGAGUGGGCUAGAGCGGCGCGGGCGCGGCGGGAGCCGGCCUGCCAUGGAGGACGAAAAGAGCUUCACGGAUCUUUGCGGCGGCCGCCUGGCCUUGCAGCGUCGUUACUACUCGCCGUACUGCCGGGAGUUCUGCCUCAGUUGCCCUCGGCUUUCGUUGCGCUCACUCACGGCUGUCACCUGCGCGGUGUGGUUGGUGGCUUACGGGCUCUUCAGCCUCUUUGAGAACAGCAUGAUCCUUUCUGCUGCCAUCUUCAUCACCCUCUUAGGCCUACUUGGUUACCUCCAUUUUGUGAAGAUUGAUCAAGAGACUUUGUUAAUCAUUGGUUCCCUUGGCAUCCAGAUGACUUCAUAUUAUGCCUCUGGCAAAGAAAGUACCACCUUCAUAGAAAUGGGCAAGGUCAAAGAUAUUGUCAUUAAUGAGGCUAUUUACAUGAAGGUGAUAUACUACCUUUGCAUUUUAUUGAAGGAUCCCGUGGAACCACAUAGAAUAUCCCAAGUAGUGCCUGUCUUCCAGAGUGCCAAGCCCCGGCUGGACUGCUUGAUUGAAGUGUACAGAAGCUGCCAGGAGAUUCUAGCACACCAGAAAGCCACACCAACAAGCCCAUGAGUCCCAGCAUGCAGAAGGCCAGUACUGUCUUCCAUGGGAGAUGUCUCCUAAGCCAUAGUGGCUGGUUUGUUUUCUCUACUGUAAUACAUUAGGUGGAGAGGCCUAGUAUCCACCAUGCACUGGAUCUCAGAGUCUUAGAGCAGGUGACUGGAAUUUGAUGCAAGUAUUUCUGUGUACUAUAGUGUUCCCCCGGUAAAGGUGUACUUUACUAACGAAGGAGAGAACUUAAGCUAUGUCUAAAGUGAUGGUACAACUGGGUGCCGGUGGCUCACACCUAGAAGCCUAGCUACUCAGGAGGCUGAGAUCUGAGGAUCGUGGUUUCCUGCCCAGUGUGGACAGGAAAGUCUGUGAGACUCUCAUCUCCAGUUAACCACU